AUGUCUGGAUUCGAGGUUGCAGGCGUUGUUCUCGGAUCACUGCCACUCGUCAUUUCAGCCUUCGAACAUUACGCCGCCGGCAUUGCCACUGCGAAACGGUUUUUUCGAUACAAGUCCGAGAUGCGGUCUCUGAUUCUUCAGAUGAAUACUGAACGCAGCAUAUUCAUCAACACGAUGGAGCAGCUCCUGACAGGGAUAGUAAGGAUCGAGCAUAUGGCCAACUUCGUCUCAAAUGCGGGGAGCGACAUCUGGAAAGAGCGUGAUAUUGAGAUGAAGUUAAAAGACAGAUUGAGAGGGGCAUAUGAAAUCUACAUUGAGAACGUCAAAGGAAUGGAGUUGGCUUGCAACCUGAUGAUGAAGAAGUUAGCGUUGGACCCUGACGGGAAGCCUCAAUUCAGCGACCCCAAUCUAUUCAAACAAGAGUACAAACGUCUUCACUUUUGUAUCUCCAAAUCAGACUUUGCAGAACAACUGAGCAACCUAAAGAAUUUCAACCAGGCAUUGACUCGUCUUACGAAGCAGUCCCUGGAACUCGAGCCAUCCAGGACGGACACAAGGGCUCGAUUGUGCCCCAAUUUCAAGGCAUUACAGAGCUAUGCACGCAGCUUAUAUGAGACACUACGAUCAGGACUACAGUGCGGGUGUCAGAAUCACGCGGUAAAGCUACGGUUAGAAAGCAGGAACAAGCUGGAGAAAGAGGAGGAUCUGCUCGAACAUACACCUUUCCGAGUGAUAUUCACUUACACUGCCAAUGUCGCCUCUCCAACAUUGGCACCCACGUUAUGGAAAGAAGCGGACAUCCGGUGUAUUCUUGACCAUCCCAAGCGUGUGGCUCUACCAUCGCCUACGUCGAGUACCUGUGCGCCUCAUGUAUCCAGCAGACGAGUUCGGUUCAAUCAGCUCGAUAUACAGGCUCGACAAAGCACUCGCUCUCCUGGCUCGACAUUGACUGUUGUCGGGCAACAAACCAUACUGACUGCCAAGCCCACACCAGAACAGAUACAAGACCUUUGCAAGGCAAUUGCUAGAUUGCAACAACCACAAAGAGAUAUGUGUGUUGGCUACCUUCUUGACAGCGUCAAGCGAAAACACGGCAUCUACCCAUUGGACACACCAACCAACUGCAAUCAACACCAAUGGGCAGCAUACUCUCUGCGAGAUGUGUUACAUGGACGUGCCAACGUCAGUCAACGCCUGACGCAACAGGACAAGCUCAGGGUUUCCGUCGACCUGGCAUCAAGUGUGCUGCAGCUUUAUAAGACACCGUGGCUGGACGAGCAAUGGGGUAAUGAGGAUGUCUACUUUAUACAACGACCAGGCCCCCCCAUGGCGUCUAUCUACGAGCAUCCCUUUGUUUACCGCAAGUUGUCCACGACAGCUGGCAGCCAGUUUACCAACGCUCAGCCAGCAACACACAGAGUCAUCCGGAAUCAGACGCUGUUCACGCUCGGCGUCUUGCUUAUCGAGCUUUGGUACGGGAAGUUGAUCGAGGAGCUGCAGUUACCAUGUGACCUCGACUGUCAGGGUACGCCAGGAGUCUCUUGGUGUACUGCUGAACGAGUUGUCCAGAACGAAAUCGAGUUUGAAGCUGGGAAGCGGUACGCAGAUGUGGUCAGACGAUGCAUCAGGUGUGACUUCGAUCGGAAGGAUACGAAUCUCGACAACGAGCUCUUCCAACACGCGGUGUUUGAUGGUGUUGUCGCGCCGCUGGAAAAGAAUCUGCAACAGUUCAACAGCUUGGAUUGA